UUAUAGCAUCAAAUAAACAUGAAUGAACAUCAGAAGGUAUGUUGUUUCAAACGCGGAAAUACGUCAGUACACACCAUUUUUCAAGUUCAAGUCCACCGAGGUUAAUCUUCUAACUCCUGACUGCUUUAUCAGACAAAAUAGCAGAUUCAGCGUUAUGAUUGGUUAGAUCGCUUGUCAAUCAAAGUCCCAGUGAAGGGUCAAUUGAGCAUUAUGGCUCGCAGUGUGAACGUAGCCUAAGGGUCCUCCAUUGGGUCACUGAAUGAAUGAAUUUUAGUCUAACAUGCCUUACUCUGUGUCUGUGUAUGUAUGUAUGUAUAUAUAGAGAGAGAGAGAGAUUCAUGGAAAGAGGGAAAAACAUCGUCUUUAUUCAGUCAUUUCAAUUGAAUAUGUUUUUAUCAGAUCCUGAUAUAUCAUACAGAUUAGUUCGAGAGUACAGAUUGGAUAUUUUUCUACCACAACAAGAGCACUGUAUAGUUUACCAAAGACUAAACACUCAGACUUAAACAUAUUUUUACAUUUUACAUAUUCAAAGAACAGAUAUUAAUACUCUCCCUCAUAAAGAAAGUGUCCUUAUGUAUCUAAAAUCAAAUGCAGUUUGGCUCUUUAGCAGUACUUUGGCUCUCAAGCAUUUCCAAUCACAGAGAUCGGCACCGAACUCGCUUUAAUCAAACUAGAGUCACUCCAGAUUCUGAUCGUAGCGUUCACACUUGCAGAAAAGGCUCUGAACUGCUUUUGAGACAUAUAAGGAUUAAUCUAACCCUGACCUUACAGAAUUACGAACCGAAUAUUGCUAUGCGGAUAUAUGUGCAAUCAUUAAAAGUAAGUGUUAACAUUUGUUACAGUAUUUUAGAUAUAUUUAUCGCACUUGAUAUUCUCAGCAUGCAGUUAUUCUUUAUCUUCCUGUUCCUGUCCGGCACAUAAUUGAUGAGAAUGCGAGAUCUGGGAUCAGACCCCCAGCAAGGCAUAUGUGAGAAUAUUUGAUUGUGUGUGUGAAUCAUUAGUUUGAACCAGGGACGGCACAUUCUUCAGCAUUUUGUCCUUGUUGUAGUUUUAUUUUGAGGCGUGCGUGUGUUUCAGGCAAUGGCAAUGUAGAGACGACAUUAGAGUGAAGUGUGUUACGCACACACAGGCUGCAUCCCAGUUUGCUUACUUCUGUGUACUACAGGUAUGUACUUCGGCAGUUAUGGGAAAGUAGUAUGUAGUAUGCUAGUAUUGCAAUUAUAUAACAUUAACGCAGUAUGGAAACGUUAACAUCUAGCUAAAUUCAUUAUUACUUUCACAUGCAUUUAAAUUGCUGUGGCAACUUUGGCAUUUUGUUUUUUUUUAUCAUUUUUCACUAUUACAAAAAAAGUUGAAGAUCUGUUACAAGCCCUCUUCUGUAGUACAAUUGAAUUGUGGGUAAUAUUUAUAGCAUGGAUGGUAUGCAAAUUGGGAUGCAGAUAUUGUCACGGUUCCCUGUUUCUAUUUUUAUUUCAUUUACAUGUUUAGAUGAAAGAAAGGGAUUGCCAGAAAGGGAUUUAAUGAUUGAUAGUGCAUGAGAAACGGUUCGUGUGAGGUCAUUGGAUAGAGUCUCUGUCAAUCACAAACUAGGGCGGGAACAUUGGUUUGCUCCCAUCUUCCAUUUCCAAAGCAGCAAUUAUAGUUCAAUCAGUUCCGUUAGAGAGAAACGGGAAUAUUGUGUGUGUGUGUGUGAGAAAGAGAUUUCGGUGUGUGUCGCGCUGAAUGUUUGCGGGUCACGCCGUAGCAAUAUGUUGUAUUGAUUUAUAUUUGUAUAUAAUAAUUUUGAGUGUAGUUUAAAUUCAUUUUAGCAUUACGGGCACAAUUCUGUGUCACAGAAAGAACUUGAGAGAGAGCGUGAAAGUAUCAGCAUAUGUCUGUAACCGGAAGAGUGUGUGCAAGCGUGUGUUUUUGCUCAUCCACCACCAUUUUAUCAGUUUCAUUCACUUCAUUUCACUGAAAUCAUGUAUUUACUGUUAUUUACAAAUGUUUAUUGCCAGUGAUGAUUUCACAGAACUGCUUUUUACCUACAACUGCAUAUCUCAUGGUAUUUAGCUCUACAUUACUGAGUUAACUGCUCAUAAUAAAACUAUGAAUAUGUUUUUAAACAAGACUUGUGUGUUUUUAUAGAAAGACUACUUUCUUGUUAUUCGUUAUUAAUGCUACACUGUAUGAGCAAUAUGUCACAAGGUCCUAGAAAACCUGGAAAUGAAUUUCCGAAGGCCAGGAGAAGUCGCGAAAAUUAAUAAAAUGCUAAAAAUGUCAUGCAAAAUUAAAAGAAAUUCCUAUAGUGUAUAGAAGUUUCAUUUCUAAUGUAUUGAAGUGUCUAGAAGUGUCUUUUGUGAAUGCAGGCUUUUUAUUUUUAAGACAAAAAUAGAAAAGUCAGAAUGCAAAAUGUUGAAAUCAUUGAGUCAGAACCAUGAUGUUAAUAUUAAAUAUUUUAUAACUUUUAACUUUUUUUUGUUUUAAUGCACUGGGAACUGUAAAUGACCGUCAUACUUUAGGUCAGAAAACAAAAUAAUCCUGCUGUUUUAGUUUAGGGCCAGUAGAGGGCGACACAAACCACAUAAACCAUCCCUGUUUAUGCAUAUGGCCCAAAGCUCAUAAAGUGUUUGUCAUCUCCUGAUGCCUUUAUCAGAUUCACGGAGAGUAAACAGACACUCAAUAACAAUAACGCAUUGAGAAUCUUCACACUUCUGAUAACAUAUUGCAUUUAAACAGCAUCACGGUUCAUGGUAUCUAUUGGAGAAGGAGUUUAAAACCUCUUAGUAUCUUUAGCACAUCAUGUGAGAAAUGGAUAGGAACAUGAUGAUGAUGUGCGUUUGUUCCGACAGGAUAUGAAAGGAUUAUUGUGUGAGUCAGUGUGUAAGCCUGAUGCUGUUUGUAUGUGUAAGCCUGUGUUGAUUCACCAGGGACAUCGUGCUUCUGUUAUUAUGCACACGUGAACCUGAUUAGUACACUGUGCAACCGAGGAACAUACGAUACACACAUCCUUCAACUCACACACACUUCCAAACACUGCAGCAGAAUGUGUAGUCUGGAUGAGGUUCCGUUUAAAGUCGCACUGGACUCUGUGGAGAUACAGUUGGGUCAGAAAGAGCCGGUCACAGCUCCUGAAGUAAAGAUCCCAGAUUGUGCUCAAAUACUGCGUGAUACAAAGUAUUCAUUCACUUUGGAGAAACGGAUCAUGGCUGUAUUGGGAGAACAGCAGCGGAAGAAAAGGAAGACCAAAAAAGCGCCCCCGAGUGUGUCCCCCACUUGCCCACCAUUUUGGCUGAUGUUCAACAGCCCACAGCAGAGCCGUAUGGUGCGCAUCAGAAGCGCAGAAUUUUGGGAACUGGGCCCACGUCCCCGCAGCUUAAGCCUCAGCGCUGCUGACUCACAUAGGCCCCGCCCACUGCGGGCGGUCCAGUUCCUCAUCGCAGAUACGGACUGCGAGGGCGGCUCAGAUGACGAGAGCUCAUCUACUGAGGAGGAUGAUGCUCGUUGCAAAGAAAGACCGAAGAGCUCCGGCUCGCAGUGCCUGCGAUGUUCUGUUCGUCAGACCCACCGAGUCUCCACCCCUCGCCCCGCCCCUUCCUGCCCCCCUCCAAUCCACAAGGCCCGACCGAGCUCCGCCUCCUCUCUAAAAGACAUACGGAAGCCUGUCCCCUCUGCCCUCAGCCAGACGCCGCAGGGCAGUCCUCACGGCUCCAGAGCCCCCCGCAGGAAACCUGUCGUAAUGAGAAACAGCGGGCGGCGGAACUCGCUUACCCUCCUACAGCCGAGACCUUCGUCCGCAGGACCGCUACCCUCAGCCAGGCCUCAGAAACCCGCCUCAAAUGGUGUGCGCCCGCGGACGUCCGCAGGGCUGCAGGACACUCCAGUAGACUUACUGUGUGCUUUGAGUCAAGAAGAAAGGGAUCUUCUUGAAGCCGUUACACAACAAGGAUACACACUGCGCACUGCCAUACUAGCACUGCAGAGGACAGGACCCAAGAGCCUUGAUCAGAUUUUGAGUUACCUGACCUCAUGUGAUCGUCUCUGUCGGCUGGGUUAUGAGAAGACUCAGGUGGAAGAAGCUUUGGAGAUGUUCCAGAACUGUGAGAGCAAAGCUUCAGAGUUCCUGUUUCUGCUGGCUCAAUUCUGUGAGAUGGGUUUCCAGCAGAGCACUAUUAAAGAGGUUCUACUGGUGCAUGAGAACCAUAAAGAGAGAGCCCUGGAGGAGCUCAUGACCCGGAGCGGCUGAGAAACCACAAGAUGUGAACAAAUCGCCACCUCCAUGAAUGAAAUAACCCUGAGCUUAAGCAUGAAUGAUGGAAUGAACAAAUUCUAAUGACUCUUCAUCACCAAAAAUGAAAGUGUAAAUGAAUCAUCAGCUACAUGUGAAUCAGUCUUCAAAUACAUUAAUGAAUUAAUGAAUCUCUAUCUUCAGCUCCAUAAAUUAAUGUAUAAAUAUGUACAGAUCUAUCUGAAAGAAUGAAUUCUUUGCAGCUUUAAUACUUCAGUCUUUCAUGGAGAAGAUGUCCUAUUUGAUGCUUUGAUUUCAUUGUAUUAUUGUUUAUUAUGUCGAUGUCACGUGAUUAACUGUAGAUCUGACAGAUUAAUCGCCUAGAUGAUGAGAACCAUAGCUCGAGUUCAUCAUGAAGAAGAUUAAUCACUACAUAUUUUGAAAAGAGCUAGAACAGUUAAUUAAACACUCUAUUGUCAUUUAUUCUGCAUCAAUAGGUUAGUUUCAGGAUUGUAUUCUACAUGUUUAGAAUUUAAUAAAAUAUUCUCAUAAAAGUUAUCAAAUAGUAUCACUUAUUAAUCAAUAAUCACGGUUUGAUUACAUUCACUUCUGCUGAUUAAA